UUAGGCUAAUGACAAGUUGUUUCCGUGAGAUUACUACUAAAACGAUUAAAGGGAAUUUUUAUUUACCCUAGUGGUUAUUUUAAACUUCUGCUAAAUAUAGUGGUGCACAGAAUUGUUAUUUAUACACUAGUUAAAUAACGUUCUGUCAAUGAUUUAUUCUUAGUACUACUACUAAUACUAUUAUUAUUAGUAGAGUUAUUAUUUUCAGGUUUAUCUCGAAACGUACUCUUUUGGUUAUGAUAUUUUGAUCUACUUCGUAAGGUUCCAUAUGUGAGAAUGGGAAUCAGUAUUGGUAAGGCCAUUCUUGGUUUGCUGUUAGUCUGGCUUGUUAUCAUUAUUGUCAUUAGUGGACCUCUGUUUUACAACACAGAACCUGAUGAACAAGUUUUUACACGUCUCACUCGUGCUGUAGAGGAACUGGAUGUUUUAAAACAACAAAACAUUGAACUACGCAAUCUGUUAAACUCUCUAAAAAUUCCUGCUUUAGCAAAAAUCAAGCCCUCAGAAGAACAAUAUAAAGAAUUACAAGACAAGUUAGCAAAGGCCAAUGAGCUUUUGAAACGGAGACCAGCAGAUAUCCAAGGUGUGACAUUCCAAAAAAAUCAAGGAGAACCAAGUAAAGAAUAUGAGCUGACAAGAAGAAAAGUGGAAGAUGGUACUAUUGAAAUGUGGUACUUUAUUCGCUCCAGACUGAAAAAACUGAACAAGACAUUGAGCUCAAACAAGGAAAUGAUCAAAACACUAACUAAUUUAUUGGAUGAUAUUGCAGAUCAUAAAAGAUCCAUUAUGGUAGACCUAGAAAAACUUAAAGAGCUAGAUGGCAUGGCAGUCUGGAGACAAGAAGAAUCUAAAAAACUGAGUGAUUUAGUACAGCAAAGGCUUAAAUACUUGCAGAAUCCAAAAGAUUGCAGCAAAGCAAGGAAACUAAUUUGUAGCUUGAAUAAAGGCUGUGGUUAUGGUUGUCAAAUUCAUCACGUAGUAUAUUGUUUCAUUGUGGCCUAUGGAACCCAGAGAACACUAAUUCUCCACUCAAAGAACUGGAGGUAUUCAAGUCAAGGCUGGGAAACAGUAUACCAGCCAGUUAGUGAUACUUGCACUGAUGAUUCAGGGAUAACUCGCAGUAGUUGGUCAGGCUCAGAUGAUGCUCAAGUGAUCGACCUCCCAAUUGUUGAUAGUGUUCGUCCACGUCCUCCUUAUCUGCCUUUGAACAUUCCUAAAGACCUGUCUGAAAGAUUGAUUCGUAUCCAUGGAAACCCUGUUGUAUGGUGGAUUGGCCAAUUUUUAAAGUACCUUCUGCGUCCACAAGAAAGCCUAGCAAAGUUUCUCAAGCAUGCAGAGGAGAAAGUGGACUUGAAACAUCCACUAGUAGGAGUACAUGUGCGACGUACAGACAAAGUAGGAACUGAAGCAGCUUUCCAUGAAAUAGAAGAAUACAUGGAAUUUGUAGAAGAAUACUACAAGCAGCUAGAAUUAAUACAACCAGUCUAUGAAAAACGAGUGUACCUUGCUACGGAUGAUCCUAAAUUAUUGGCAGAGAGUCAUCAAAAAUUUCCGAAAUACAUUUUUCUUGGUGAUCCAGCUAUAUCUAAGAGUGCUGCCAUUGGAACCCGUUAUUCAUCAGAAGCUUUGAAAGGCGUAAUUAUGGACAUUCAUAUUUUAUCCAAAUGUGACUAUUUAGUCUGCACCUUUUCUUCUCAGGUGUGCCGCUUGGCUUAUGAAAUUAUGCAAACUGAGCAUCCUGAUGCCUCGAGUAACUUCCACUCAUUGGAUGAUAUAUUCUACUUCGGUGGACAAGGUGACCACAACCAAGUAGCAAUUAUUGAUCACUAUCCUCGGAUUCCUACAGAGAUUGAACUGAAGAAAGGAGAUGUAGUAGGCAUUGCAGGUAAUCAUUGGGAUGGAUACUCCAAAGGAAUUAACCGACGGACCAAGAGGUCUGGACUUUACCCAUCAUAUAAGACAGCAGAACAAGUCCAAGUUCAUGAGUUUCCAACUUAUGAAGAAGUUAGAAAUAUUCCUAUCACAUGAUGCAUAUUUUGUAUAUAACGUAGCCCACUGAAGGUUUUAAAAGUAUAUAGUACCUGUAUUAAUAUUGUAUAUUGAUUUCAUUUUUAUGUAUGAUAAAGCUAAAAGAGCCUCUUAAAAUUAGAUGACUAACUAUAUCAGUAUCAUGAUAUUACAUGUACAUUUAGAUUAUAAAACAUGUAUAGAACAUAAUACUGUAAUUUAUUCUGUUAAAAAUAAUAGUCUAUUUAACAUCUGUAGUUUUAUUCUGGGUUACAUCCUUAGCAGUCAGUAAUAUAUAAAUUCUAAUGAUUUUCUUAUUGCUAUCAGUAAUUAAUUAUGAUCUUCCAAAUAAAUUGAAAAACCUGAUUUUCAUGAGAAACAAGGAAUUAUAUUUGUUGUUGGCCUUCAACUUGCAUUAAAAUUCCAUAUUUUUCAUUAUUGUUCAAUAGUUGAUGUAGAAGGUACAGACACCAGUAUUACAGAAUUUGAAAUAAUGUUUGAUUAGCUCUGAAAUGCAUUUAGCUGGAAUUUACAUUGGUUAUUUAUUUGUGUUUGUGCUCUUUUUAUAUUUAAAGAUAGAGUAAUAAUAUUUUAUUGUGCUUUGUUGGACAAUCAUUUAUAAAUGAAUUAAUAAGAUAUCAAGAAUUUUCUUAAAAUUUAGCAAGAACGUGAAGUCUUAGGAUAUCCUAAACUUUGUACGUUAUAAAUAGUGACAUUUUGAUUAUUGGCUACCAUAAUUACACGUGAAGGUUACCUUUGUUGAUUAACUUGAUGACUGAUGAUAGAACAUAUAGAACUGUUACACAGCAGUGCUAACUAGUGAUUACACCUAGGAGCAGUUUGGGCUACCAGAACACCUGGAAAACUCGUGGCAUGCCAGUAGUCCGUCUUUGAAAAUUGUAUUUUUUUUUAUUUUUAAAUCAGGCUCAAUUGGGCUGCUAAUUUCCUGUUAACUGUUUAUCUUACAGAAUAGAUGUAGCAUGGAUGAGUGACAAAUGGGUAACUUCAUUACUCUUUUAAAAAUGAAUUUUAUGUGAAUUAGUUUCACUUCAUGUAAUUUUAUGGUCAUUAAGUCUGUACUAAAACGGGUAAUAAAUGUUGAUUGUAAAUGAACAA